AUGAUAGGGGGACUCUCCGUUUCGAUCACGCUCAUAGGCUUAGCGUCCCUUGUGAAGAGUGGGCACUCGGUUUACCUGCUCCUUAGCGCCUUCAAGUUGGAAAAUGACAGCAUUGAUCACUUCACCAUACCAUACACGCUCGUUGCGCAAAUCGUGCUUUGUGCCCUGGUGACCAUGUACGGCGGAAGCAGACUCUUCCACAACUUCAAGCACAUCAGGGAAGAGCCCACCAGCUUCGACAAUUUCCACUGGGAUAAGAACCAUGCACGGAAGAGCUACCGCCCCUGCUUCAACAGAAAGUUCUUCAUCAAAAGUUACGCGAAGGAUUUUCUCCUCAAGUCCAUUUGA